ACGAGAUAGGCGGCAGUAUGAAGUAACGGUUGUUAAGGUUGGUUUCUCAAGGCCAUUAUGAGGAUGUACUCAGGUAACUGACAUGGACGUGAUAUUAUAGCUAGGUCGUGUGGCUGUUUACAGAUUAAGACAAUGAACAUGAUAUGGACGUCGAAAGAUGAUGUCAAAUGGUAUAAAAGUCAGGAUAUAUUCUGACUUUUAAAUUGUCGUGUUCGUAGUAUUUGUUUUGAAUUUCAGUUGUCCCUCAAAUAGGGGCAUUUUUUGAAUGAUGUCUCUCCUCUUAAUGAUUUGCAUAUCACAUGUGCACUCGUUUGUUUAAUGCAUGCAUCUGUCGACUGCAGUCGACAGAUCCAAAUGUGUUUCGAAGACUGUAAUUUCAAAUUUGUUUCCUCACCGGUUUCACUAGUUCUGCAGUCGUUUUGCAUCUGAAUGAUAAGUAAAUCUAGACGCUAAGUUUGUUCAGUGAUAGUCCAUCUUGAGGUGUUUAAGGUAACGCAUCCAUCAGUGAUAUAUUUCUGAACCGACAGUUGUUAACCGUAAGGUCAGCCGUAGCAAACAGUAGAUGAAAUUAUUGUUUUGAAGUAUAUCAACGCACAAUAAGGUAAAAGAAGUUUGUGGGAAUAACCAAUAUCUGCAUUGGAUUAAUGAUAUCAAAUCCAAACGGAUGCAUAAUAAGAUGGAGUAUAAUGCAGUGAUUUCUUUAUCAGUCGUCUGUGAACAAUGACAUUUACUAAUAUACAUAUAAGAUGCUGCACAAAUGAGAAUUGUUCACAUUAUCUGAAUUUAUUAGAUUGUAUCACUUAUGUUGAUAAAUUUAUGUAUCGUGGAGUUGAACUACGCGGGGAUAAUUUAUUACAAGGAUUACCUUUGUUAACUCCUCGUUUAGAACACUUGAAUAACGGGAUUAAUGGAGAUAAAUUUCUUAGUGAAAUCAAAUCAAAAUCGGAUUUAUCAAGCGAAAAUAAUUUUCAUGCAAAAUUACAACCUCAACCACCACCAGCAGCAUUACCAUCAUCAUCACCAUAUUCUACAUUUUCAAAUUUAAAUUCACAAGAAUCUUUAAGAUUAUGUAUAGCUCAGGAAAAUAAUAAUGACAUGAAUCCAAGGUGUAUUAUUACACCUAUCGAUACAGUAUCAACAUGCAGUGAGGCUUUAAGAUUUGACUUAAGUCGAAAUGCAUUCAAAUCAACUCCUAAUGAUACUCCUCCUAUUAAUGAUAGUGGUGAUUAUGAUGAUGAUGGUGAUGAUGAUCAAGAAUGCAACCGGUCGUCGUCUACACCUGGACGUGAUAAAGAUGAUACGCGUGAACCAUUAUCAGUAUUUCAGGUCUGGCGAACAGACACUGGUAUGGAAGCCUAUGGACACCGAAGCUGGUGUUUCCAGAUGAUGACAUUUAAUGAAUGAAUGGUGAUCUCUACCGUGCUAAAAACACAUGCUGCCAUCAGACGAAAGUAAUUCUACGGAGACAGCGAUGAUCGAAUGUGCAGAGUCACUGCGAAUCCUCAGCUAGAAGAGGCGAGGUUUCGAAGGUGUAGAGCAAGACUGCGUGCAUUGAAGCAUAGAAACCCCAACCCUUGUCAACCAGGCCUGACAUCACGACAGUGGCAAAGGUGGUCCAAGUUGGUGUAUCCCACCUCUAGUUUUUACUAUACGAUUAGAAAUCUCGUCUGUCACACCGCCGCCGCCAGCUCUC